ACGAGAUUAGCGUGUCGGAGCUGGAUUCUCUCCGCCAGGUGGUUGACGGAAUCUACGGUACAGAAGAGAUCGCCAACGAGCGCCGAAUUCGUUCAUUAUGGAAGAGACACCACGCCAAACACCAGAAACAGCACCGAGCCCAAACCAGCAACAACAUGGCAUGAGGGAGCACAGUCGCACCCCGUCCAUGUCAUCGGAGCCUGAAUGCACUCACAGUAACAACCAAUGCUAUAUGGUCAACCUCUUCGGAGUCCAGAUAGCUGCUCUCAUCAUAGACAGCCAGGAGAGACUCUGCCUGGCUCAGAUCUCCAACACCCUCCUCAAGAAGUUCAGUUAUAACGAGAUUCACAAUCGCCGCGUGGCCCUAGGCAUCACAUGCGUGCAAUGCACCCCAGUCCAGCUUGAAAUACUCCGGCGAGCCAAUGCGAUGCCGGUGUCCUCUCGCCGGUGCGGAAUGAUCAACAAACGGGAGGCAGAGAGACUGUGUAAGUCGUUUCUUACCGAGAACCGUCCACCUAAACUGCCGGAGAAUUUCUCCUUCGAGGUGUACCACGAGUGUACAUGGGGCUGCCAGGGUGCCUUUGUGCCGUCUCGAUACAAUAGCUCCCGUGCGAAAUGCAUCAGAUGCUCCUACUGUAGCCUAUUCUCCUCCCCUAAUAAAUUCAUCUUUCACGCACACCGUAUGCCCAACUCUAAGUUCCAUCCACCAGACGGCCCCAAUUUCAACUCUUGGAGAAGGCACAUCAAACUGGUUGACAGGAACCCUUCAGAGGAACUUCUCCACGCUUGGGAAGACGUCAAGGCUAUGUUUAAUGGUGGUAGCCGGAAGCGAUCUGUCUGUGAGAGCUCUAGCAAGAUGCCACCAACCUCAUUCGGCUGCCCUAUCGACAGCAGGAGCAGCUCAGCACAACGGCUGCUCCCGAGCCCACCAAAGAGAGGUCGAUAUGGCCACGAGCCGGUCCAGGAACAGGAUCCAACACUAAUGACAGCUGCUAACGUCCCGUACCCUCUCAUGCCGAUCCCAAAUCGAUCCACACCAACCACCUUCACCGAAACCUUGCCGGAAGACCCACCUACUAACUCUAUGCCAACCUACCCGGUGAAUGUCUUUCACGGCCAUCUAUCACCGUCGAGUUUCAGGCAGCACCCGUUCAUGGAGUUCCUAUGGUCUGGAGCCCGGGCGGGUUGUCCACUCCCAUCUGCUACCAUGUGGCCUAAAUCGAUCGGAAUGCCCUUUGUUUCUAACGCUAGCUACUACCAACCCUUAAUGGGUCCGGACUCAGACAUUCAUACAGUCAUUGACCAAGGCUCACCCACUAAUACACCUACCAAGAAACCAAACCAAUGGGAUGAUUUCGAGUCGAAAUAUGGCAUGUCGAAACCGAAAGGGGUCUCAAACAGACAUCAAUACCUCCCUGACUUCAGAAAGGCAGCCUACUACACCUCAGCAUUCCGACCCGUGAUAACAAGCAAAGGUUGCCUGGACCCCGAAGGAGCAUUCUCAAAUGCAGAACGAUUCAUGUUCCCGCCAAAAUCAGUCACAGAAGAAUGUUUCGUAUCAUCUGCCCAGCAGGACCAACGCUGCGAACCAUCUUCGUACAACAAACCAAAACACCACCAGGUUCUCACCCCUGACGACCAGAAAAAACCGUUAAAUCUGAACCACCUGACCCGCAAACUCGUUCCCGAGGUCGACCAGAAUGACAAGCACGAGGAGUCCAACGCGACCGUGAAAAGGACACCGUCUUCAAGGGGCUCUGGCUCGCUCGACGCAGGUGCGGAUUUGGCCGACGAGCGCGGUGAGUGCCUCCGUGAGAGACUCGACCUCGGUGCUGAACGCCCUCAAAGAACUACCCCAGUUGCAAAGAUUGAAAGUCCAAGGGCAUCACCAGACACCCUGUUGUCAGUCGGUCAUCUGCCGCCGUCAACAACUCACAUCAUCAAGGCGUGUCCUACACCGUCACUAUCAAGCGAAGACGAAGAGCACGCCGUGCACAGCCAGACUGAAGAUACUGCUGUGGAGAGCGUGGCUAAACUUGAACAACAGUAUAGAAGAAAUGUGGUUGCCCACCAACUCAUUGCGCGAGAGCACCAACUGAGUACAGAGAUCGAGAUGAGACGCAAUGCUUACCUCACGGCACAACAGAAGUAUAGAGAGAACCAGGGAGCCCUCAACCACUUUUCCCGCCAUAUUUUGUCUUCGCACGGCACAUGCAUGGACUGACCGUCUGCGAAGUAACCCGAUGUGGACAAGUUAACUUAGUUCUUACCCGUCAGUGUUCACUCGUUCAAACAAUUCUCGUCAUUAUCGACCGCUCUGGGCCCAAUUUCAUAAAAACUUGCUAAGCACAGACACAUUUUGCUUAACAGAAACUGGUUGCCAGCCCAAAUUCCAUAAAACACCCACACAAACCAAAGAAAACAGUACUUCAUUUAUUCAUUCCUACUAAAACAUUUGAAUUCACUAAAAUGUAACGGUUCAAAAGUCAGCCAUAAAUAAAAAUGGCUGGCGACUUUUUGAAGUAACCAGUUUACUAAAAAGCAUCGAUCAAUGUUUAAACAUUCUCUUUUGAAAAGAGAUUGUCGCAAAAGCUUUGUCUGUAAAAUUGUAGCCCACUAAAUUGUUAAUGACAGAAAUUAUAAGCACUUAAGGUUUGCAUAAUUAAUAUCUGUUUUACGCCUCAUGUACUAAGAUGUGUUCACAGGGUAGGCUACUAAAAUGAAUUCAACGAAGUGAUUUAAAUGGUGUCUUCUCUAUACAUGUAUACACAUUUCGUAAAAAAUAUAAACCAAAGACGAAAACCCAGACCAAUAUACAUUGUAGUAAGUAGAUCCAUGAAAGCACCCAACAAAUUAAAAAAACUGCGUUUUAGCACAAAACCCAAGUUUGAUUAGGUGAAAUCUACACACCAAGAAUGCUUUAAUAUUGGUUUUGUCUGUAAUUGUGUUGUAUUAUACUUGUAGUCUACACUGUACGUUCUUCAAUGUAUAUUACUUUUUCACUUAAUCAGUGUUGAUGUUGGCUCAAUUAAGGCCUUUUUAACUUAAAAAGUCAUUUUCAUAAUACUUUAAACGAUCUGUACAUAAUUGUGAAUAGUAACAUAUUAGGUUAUUAAUUAUCUAACUUGUCUACCCAAUUCUGUAAAGUAUCAGUUAUGAUGUUCGACACGAUUAAUUGUGUUUGACCACCUAUUUCGACUUUUAAAACAUAUCUCGUAAACUGUGUUCGACACAUACCCUUUUGACCGACCCAUCAUGUCCACCAUGCAAUUAUGUCCUCUAUGCAAUGCUAUCCGGAGGACAUUAUUGCAUAUGCAAUAAUGUCCGCCGGAC